AUGGUCGCACCCUCCUCUUGCCUAAGGAGCGACACAGUGGGGAGCGAGUCUUCAUUGGCGCCUGCUGGUGUUGGUGUGCCUGGGAACGCUCCGAGGAAAGACGACACGGCGAGAGACGAUGAGAAAGUCGAAGUCGUGACUGUCGGGAACGUUGUGAAUGAGGCUGGAACGGUUCCGGACGCUGGAAGCGUCGAGAUCAUGGAAGUUGGACAUGAAUCGAUGAUGGAGGAAGUCUCCUCCAUUGCGGGAAAGAGGACUGGAGGAGCGGGGAACGCUCGUCUCCAGGAGGAAGGCGAGGCGAUUCGCAGGCAGGAUGCUGGCGACAUCGUGACGGAAUCAAGGGAGGUGAAGGAAAGUACCAAGGGCGAG